AUGGCCGACAAGAGUGCGCAAGACGCAAGUGUGGAGAAGCAGGAGAUGACCCAGUCUGUCUCCGAGGUCAACGAAAAGGGUGCGAGUUCGCAGGCGGGCUCCGAAUUCGACCUCGUCAACUACCACGAGCAUAACGCCGGUCGCCUCGUUGUUGAUCCCGAGGAAGCGAAAGUCGAGUUCGGUGAGGCUGUCGCCAGCCGCUUGAAGCUGUCGAAGGAUGGAACCAAAGUUUUGUGGCCUCAGCCUACGGAUUUCCCAGAGGACCCUCAGAAUUGGUCGGACUUCGAGAAGAACUUUCAGCUGCUCAUUGUCACAAUGGCCGCGAUCGUGCCGGACUUCGACUCCGGCAUUGGUAUCGCGGACAUCUUUGCUCUCGCCAAGACAUACAACACGACCCCUAACGAGAUAAACAACCUCACCUCGAACUGGAGUAUCUUCUUGCUAGGAUGGGGUGGAAUCGUCGCCGUCAUGCUCAUGCGCCGCUACGGCCGUCUACCUAUCCUUUUCUGGUCGCAACUCCUCGCGAUGGGAUGGCUCAUUGGCUGCACCUUUGCACCGAACCUCAACACUUUCACGGCCAUGCGGUGCUUGAAUGGCUUCUUCGCAACGUGUCCUCAGGUGACAGGUCUUUACAUUGUAACGGACCUCUUCCCGUUCCACCUCCAGGCGCGCAAGCUGAACCUGUGGACCAUGGGGUUCAUUAUUUCGCCAUUCCUUUCGCCAUUCAUGAUGGGCUUCAUUGUCGCACGUGUCAGUUUCCGCUGGACGUAUGGCAUCGGGAGCAUAUAUAGCUUGAUCGUGGUGCUUAUGAUUGCCUUCUUUGGCAAGGAGACGUUGUUUGACCGCAGGCUGGCUAAUCCCAUGCCCAUUCCGAGGCCCGCGUCUAAUCUGCGGUACCGCAUCGAAUCCGUUAUCGGCAUUACGGGAGCAAGGAUGGCCAAGUACCGUGACACCUGGACGGAGGCAGUCUUCCCCAUCUUCAACUGUGUCUGGAGGCCUCAUCUCCUCCCCCUCCUGGUUUUCGAGGGCAUCCUCUUCGGCUUCGCCAUCGGCAUCAACGUUACCAAUGCCGUAUUCUUGGAUAUUCCUAAGCCCGCCGGCUAUGGCUUCACUCAAUUCGGUAUUGCUGGUGCCUAUGGGACUCCGAUUGUCGCGGUUGUUAUCGGAGAGCUUCUCGGUCGCUACUUCAACGAUUGGGUCAUGAACUUCUCCAUCAGGCGCAAUAACGGCGUCUUCAUCGCAGAGAACCGCCUGUGGACUUGCUACCUCGCAAUCCCGCUCUACAUUUGCGGCUUUGUUCUCCUAGGAGCGUCCUUCCAGGAGACCCUCAGUGUUGGCGCACUCGUCAUGGGCUGGGGAAUUGCUGAAGUAUCCAUCAUGAUAAACACUGUCGCCGUCUACGCUUACUGCAACGACUGCUUCCCGCGGCACCAAGGCGAAAUCUCCGGACUUAUUAACCUUGCGCGUGUUCUCGGCGGUUUCUCCGUCGCGUAUUUCCAGGUCCCCUGGGCCAUGAAAAACGGGGCCCUACAAACGUUUGGCGUCGAAGCCGCAAUCGUGACGGGACUGUUCCUCCUCAUCGUGCCUGUGCUCCAGAUUAAAGGCCCCGCGUUGCGUGCACGAUACUCCAUCUGA